AUGACGCCAACAGGUGGCAAAGCAAACAUCAAACCAGCAGAACCUGCAAGAAUGAACAGUUUGUUUGCCAGUGUUCAGGUGAAGCACCUGCAGCGAGGACUGAGACACGCUGAGGCGCAGAUGGCCGACAUGUGCCAGCUGCUGGCUUCUUACGCCAGACAGAGCGCCAAGCUGCGAGACCAGGCCGACAUGCUGGUGGCCCGGCUUUUCGACUUCUCAGACUCGGAGGAUGCCGAGAUCCAGGUCGGCCUGAGAAGGCUCGCCCAAGACUUCGCCUUGGUGCAGGACUACAGGCACGCUCAGGUACAAAGACUGGAGACCCAAGUUGUUGCUCCUCUGAAAGCAUAUGGCGGCAUCAUCGCAAAUACAAAGGCCAGCAUGAAGAUGUUCAGGGCCGAUCUUCGCGGCGAGCUGAAGGAGUUACAGAAACUGGAGAAUAUUCGCCUGAACAACUUGGCGGCCAGACAGACCGAUGCAGAAGUGAACUCGAGGAAAGCCUCCAGCAAUGCGCAGCACAGCCUGAUGAAGAUGGAGGAAAGCAUCACUGCCUUCCACCACCAGAAACGAAAGGAUUUUAAAAGGAUUUUCAUGGACUUCAUCACAGUGGAGAUGAUUUUUCAUGCUAAAGCCCUGGAGGUGUACUCACACGCCUUCCAACACCUGCUGGACACGAAGACUGGAAUGCACAACCAGGAGGAUCCUCGGCGCCGAGAAAGGAACGUGAGCAAGAACAUGAGUAAAGUUCGAGAGACCUUCCGCCUGGUUGAGGAGGAAAAGAGAAGAUCUGGCAAAGCAAAGCGGCCCGGCUCUCAUCAUCUCGGCUAG